AUUGAAUAUCUUAAUGGUACAAGCGGAUGGUGACCCCUCGGCGGGCAGGGCUGGUGGUGUUCAUAUGCUGGACAGUUUCAUUCAUUGUGGGUUUUAUACCCAUGUUAGGCUGGAACAACCUGUGGCAUUUCCAACAGAACGGCUCCAUCAGCUCAGACCUCAUCAUUACCUGUCAGUUUGAAAACGUCAUCAGCAUGGAGUACAUGGUCUAUUUCAACUUUUUUGGAUGGGUACUGCCGCCGUUAGUACUCAUGUUGGUGAUCUAUGUGGAGAUCUUCUACAUGAUCCACAAGCAGCUAAACAAGAAGAUUUCCUCCAGCCACAAUGAACCGAACAAGUAUUAUGACAAGGAGCUUAACCUCGCUAAAUCGCUGGCCCUGGUCCUCUUGCUCUUUGCCAUCAGCUGGCUUCCCCUUCACAUCAUUAACUGCAUCACACUUUUCUGCCCUGAGUGCCAGAAACCCAUGUUCAUCCUCUAUAUUGCCAUCCUACUCACCCAUGGCAACUCUGCUGUCAAUCCCAUAGUGUACGCCUUCCGCAUUAAGAAGUUCCGCACAGCCUUUCAUAAAAUCUGGCAGCAGUACUUCUGCUGCAAGGAUGUGCCAGCUCUGGAGAUUCAACCCAGUGACAGGAAAGAGAUGCCCAACCCAGAUUUACUGGAGGCAGCACCACUGCAGCACCCUGAGAAGGAAAUCUCUAAACUGGAUCAGGAACAGCAGCUGUAAACUGUAGUUCGAUCACAGCAGGAUCAAGUCCCUGAACUGACCAAACACCCUACAGAACCUCUACCCUUACAGGAGCAGAGCACAGAAUAAGCUGAGGGACAUUCGUGGACUUUAGCUCACUUCAAACCUGUUACAAUGAGCAACA